GGUCGGGGCGGCUCGGAAGGAGCUUUCCCGGAGCCGGAGUCGGGAGUGCGGCUGACGGAGCUGGGCUGCAGGAGCUCGGCCGCGCCUGGUGUUUAACUCCAGUGAUUGCAGUACCCAACCCUUAGGGUGAGUCUUCUUCCCAUUACGACUCCGGGGCAAGCCCUCCAGGACAUGCUCAUCGCACUUCUCCGGGGUGACUUCAAAGGAAGAAAGGCAUCACAAUUCUCCUGCCUCCAGCUCCAUUUCUUGGAGAAAGCUAGACAGGAGUUCCUCAGGUCCUGACUGAUGCACUUGAAGUAGCUUCUCUGCCAGCUCUAGCUCCCUGCUUGUUUGCAGAAACCCCGUGGUUCAUCUCGCACCUCAGCUGGAGCGUGGCCUGCACCUCUGUCAUAAUCCCACUACACGUCUCUUUAUGGAACACUACAGACGCUAAUCUCUACAAAGGUUGUCCAACUGAGCCCCGCGGAGCCCAGGGCCACCGCUGUCAUGACGACCGCCAUCCUGGAGCGCCUGAGCACCCUGUCGGUGAGCGGGCAGCAGCUGCGCCGGCUGCCCAAGAUUCUGGAAGAAGGGCUUCCCAAGAUGCCGUGCACCGUCCCAGAAACCGACGUGCCCCAGCUCUUUAGGGAGCCGUACAUCCACACGGGCUACCGGCCCACGGGGCACGAGUGGCGUUACUACUUCUUCAGCCUCUUUCAGAAGCACAACGAGGUGGUCAACGUCUGGACCCACUUGCUGGCGGCCCUGGCGGUCCUUUUGCGAUUCUGGGCCUUUGUGGAGGCAGGAGCAUUGCAGUGGGCCUCUCCCCACACCCUCCCCCUGCUGCUCUUUAUCCUGUCGUCCAUCACUUACCUCACCUGCAGCCUCUUGGCCCACCUGCUGCAGUCCAAAUCAGAGCUGUCCCACUACACUUUCUACUUCGUGGACUACGUCGGGGUCAGCGUCUACCAGUAUGGCAGCGCACUGGCUCACUUCUUCUAUAGCUCCGACCAGGCCUGGUAUGAGCGGUUCUGGCUUUUCUUCCUGCCGGCCGCUGCUUUCUGUGGCUGGCUCUCCUGCGCUGGCUGUUGCUAUGCCAAGUAUCGCUACCGACGGCCUUAUCCAGUUAUGCGGAAGAUCUGUCAAGUGGUACCAGCAGGGCUGGCCUUUGUCCUAGACAUCAGCCCAGUGGCACACCGCGUGGCUCUCUGCCACCUGGCCGGUUGCCAGGAGCAGGCGGCCUGGUACCACACCCUCCAGAUCCUCUUCUUCCUCGUCAGCGCAUACUUCUUCUCGUGCCCUGUCCCAGAGAAGUACUUCCCCGGUUCCUGUGACAUUGUGGGCCACGGACAUCAAAUCUUCCACGCCUUCCUGUCCGUCUGCACGCUCUCCCAGCUGGAGGCCAUUCUUCUGGACUACCAGGGACGCCAUGAGAUCUUCUUCCAGCGCCACGGUCCCCUGUCUGUCUACAGCGCCUGUCUCUCCUUUUUCUUUUUAGCUGCCUGCAGUGCGGCCACCGCCUCCCUCCUGAGAAACAAGGUCAAGGACAGACUGAUUAAGAAAGAUUCCUGAGGUCCUUCAAAUGAGGAAAGGUGUGGAGGUGGGCUACUGUGACUUGGAGAAAACUUGACCUAAUAAUAGAAGUUGACUUUUUAUUUUUCAGUUGACUUUUGAUUUUUUUUCUAAAUUAAUAUGUAUUACGGGCUGAGGAUGAAACCCAAUUGGUAGAGAGUGCUUAUACAGCAUGCAGGAAGCCAAGGGUUUGAUUUCCCAGGGCCACCAAAGCCAGCAUAGUAGCAUUCAAGGAGGCAGAGGCAGGAAGAUCAGAAAUUCUAGGUCACCCUCUGACAUAUAGUGAGUUCAAGGCUAGCCUUUGAUACAUGAUACCCUAUCUCAAAAAAUUAUUAUGCAUUUUCAAAGGCAUGUUAUGGCUAUGGAAUUUCAAAUGCAGGCCAUUUGAGAGUUUUAAAACAGCGCGUUCCCUUUCUGUCUGGGUGACAGCCUUGUUUGGGGAGAGGUCUUGGCUGAGAUUCAUGAGACCCCAAACUAAGGAGAACCAUCUUCACCCAUGAGCAAUGAGCAGAAUUCUGGUCGUGGCUUCCAAAGAGUAGUCCUGAAACUAGACAGAUAAUUAAACUGGACUACCAAGUAACUUCACCCUAACAGAACAGCCACCCUCCGCUGCUGGGCUUGGUGUCUGGGUAAACUGACCCACGGACUCUGUCUUAUCAGGAUUUCAGAUUGUUUUGGGUGGGAAAAAGCCAGAAUCUUCAAGAAGAUUCCUUGAAACUCUUAGAUAAAAUGGACCAUUCAAUUUAUGAUUCCUGGUCUCAACCACUGGUUCUUCUCUCAGGAUAACCAACUAAGCUGGCCAAUUUGCCUGAAGUGCUACUGUUCUCCCCCCUAGUCUGCAUGGUAACAUAAUCCCAAAGCGGCUGUUACACUUCCAGGAAAUGCUUGGAGCCAUAUGACCAUUCAGGAAGCUGAUUCCCAUGGAAUACAGAAGCACCUACAGAUUUAACAGUGCCAAGAGCUGCCGGGAGACCCAGCCAGCAAGCACGGCUGUCCUUGCCUGUUUGCUGCCCAAGGGACCCUUGUAGUCUACAUCUGAGGACUGCAGUAUUAACUGGAAGCCACUUAGGGUUGUCUUGCAGGUCAGGAGACUGAUUGUCUGAAGGUUUGAACAGAGUCCUUUAAAAGCAUGGUUCUAAAGUCUUCAAGAAAGCCGACUAUUUCAAGAGGAUCCUAAGAUCCAAGGUUCAAGUUUCUGUUAGAUGCUGCCCCAUGAAGGACCAAUCCAGCUACCCCAGUUCAGGCUCCUCAGACAGGCAGUUCCACCUCCGACUUGAGAAGAAACCUUAAAAUGGGUCCUAGGAGGGGUGAAUGUGUGCUCCCCGUUGUUGGCCCCGGAAGGUCUGUUGAGUAAGAACGAGGCACCCUGUGGCCGAAGGCACUGUUUGUGCUAUUGCUGCCAGCCCCUGAAGUGAGGGGAGUGGUGCUUUCAGCUGAGACAUUCCCUGCCGCCACACAGCUCUCCCCGAGGCUGUCUUCUGCAUGAAUCCAGUGUAGGAGGCUGUGGUAGAGGAAGGGCUGAGGUGCCCUCUACACACAGGCUGCACUUCCUAUCAGUACAAGGUCCCUGUGCACUGAAAAAGGAAGCUAAGUUUCCAACUCCACUUUAACGAACCUCCUCUGGCUAGUCUUAAAACCUUUGUUUUCUAGUGUGUGUGUGUGUGUGUGUGUGUGUGUGUGUGUGUGAGUGACUUGUGAAUUUUGUGCCUUAUACAUGGGAAUGUCUAAACUCUUUUAUUUUAAUAUUUGCACACAUGGAACUUU